CGUCCUAGUCCCUCUCCGACCUCUCUCCUCACCAAUCAUAACCACUCGUCGGCCGUCGCUGCCAAGCUGCGGUUCAGUGCUUGCUUUAGUGUUCAAUGGUCAUCCGAAUUGUCUGUUUCGGAGUUGAGUACGUCAUUUCGUCCGACAUAACCGUUAGUUCGUCCGUAUUUACGUGACUUUGUGAACACUGCGCGUGAACAGAUAAAUAAAUUAAUAGCUGUGACGUAAAAAAUCAAUUGUAAUAUUUUUCUUGUUGCCUAAUAUCUGUACGAUCUCAUAUUAUUAUAUUUUCUACCGUACGCUGCGUAAAACCGUGUAGGCCUCCGCCGUUUAUAACAGGCGCAAUCGCAGAAUUAUGUGAUUGAUUUUAUGGAUUCGCCCGCCGGUGCAGGUGUCUGUUUGGUGGAAAUGAACUCGUCUUCGUCCACGACCACUUUGACCGUCAAAGAGGACAUUCCGCUUUUGAACAAGCCUCGGGAAAACAACAACGUCUUCAACAGAUUGUGACACAUUCUCCUGCCUGUUAAUAUUUUUACAGUCAUGACAGAAGAGAAAAAAAGUAAAUUAAGAUUUUGUCAAUGGGUUUGGCAAAAAUGUUUCCGCAAGAAGGAACUUACUUCACGAACUAUUGUCAUUGGGAAACAAAGUACCGAAAAGUAUUCUCCAAAUGUCAUACGCAAUCAGAAGUACACCAUAAUCACAUUCCUCCCAAAGGUGCUUUAUCAACAGUUCAAAUUCUUUUUGAAUCUUUAUUUUCUUCUGAUGGCUAUGAGUCAAUUUGUACCUGAACUUCGAUUAGGAUACCUCUACACAUAUUGGGGACCACUGAUAUUUGUAUUGGCUGUCACAUUAUUUCGUGAAGGUGUUGAUGAUAUUCGAAGAUGGCAACGAGAUGAAGAAGUAAACUCUCAAAAAUAUAAGCGUCUAAUACGUGGUAAAGAUCACAAUAUUGGUACUGAGUAUGUAUCAUCAUCUAAACUCAAAGUCGGAGACUUAGUGCUGGUAGAAAAAGAUCAAAGAGUCCCAGCUGAUAUGGUAUUAUUAAGAACUACUGAAAAAUCUGGUGCUUGUUUUGUACGAACUGAUCAAAUGGAUGGUGAAACUGAUUGGAAAUUACGUCUUGCUAUUGGAGACACUCAAAAAUUAGAUUGUGAUGCACGUUUGUUUGAUAUUACAGCUACUAUUUUUGCAGAAAAACCUCAAAGAGAUAUACACAGUUUCAUAGGAACAUUUAGAAGGCAAGAUAACGGGGAAGAAGUGAGUCUUGAUGUAGAAAAUACAUUAUGGGCUAACUGUGUUGUAGCUAAUGGUUCAGCACUUGGUGCCGUUGUUUACACGGGUGCUGAAACUAGAUCUGUUAUGAAUAAUUCCCAGCCUCGAAGUAAAGUUGGACUCUUAGAUAUUGAAAUUAAUCAGUUAACAAAGCUUCUUUUUUGUGCUGUGGUUGGUCUGGCAUUUGUAAUGAUGUGCUUAAAAGGUUUCAGUGGUCCGUGGUAUCGUUACAUGUUCCGAUUUGUAUUACUAUUCUCAUACAUUAUACCAAUCAGUUUGAGGGUAAAUUUGGACAUGGGUAAAGCAUUCUAUUCGUGGUCUAUGCAAAGAGAUGAAGAAAUGCCAGAUACUGUAGUUAGAUGUACGACAAUUCCAGAAGAACUGGGACGAAUAUCAUACUUAUUUUCAGAUAAAACUGGGACACUUACUCAAAAUUCAAUGGUAUUUAAACGACUUCAUUUAGGAACUGUUUCUUAUGGUGCUGAGUCUUUUGAUCAGGUUGCCGAACAACUAAAAAUGACCUUCUGCGGAGCAGUUGAGCCUACACAUAAUCGUAAUUUAUCUCAGGGAUCUACAUCAUUUAAGAUAAGACGGUCUGAGCAAACUCGUCUUCAUGAUGCUGUUAAAGCUAUAGCACUAUGUCAUAAUGUGACUCCUGUUAUUGAAAAUAAUGUGCAAGGCAAUAUUACUGAUAGUCCUGUAGAACUCAGAUCUGAAGCUGAUCAACACUAUAUUAAAGAAAGUCUACUUUCUCGCUCACAGUGUACCUAUCAAGCUUCUAGUCCAGACGAGAUUGCAUUAGUAAAAUGGACUGAAGAUGUAGGGUUAGCUGUUAUCAAAAGAGAUUUAACAUCACUUAAAUUACGUACAUCUGCUGGAGAUAUACUUAAUUAUACAAUAUUACAAAUGUUUCCAUUCACAUCAGAAACUAAACGCAUGGGAAUAAUUGUUAAAGAUGUAGCUUCAGGAGAUAUUACAUUCUAUUUAAAAGGAGCAGAUGUAGUUAUGUCAUCUAUUGUCCAAUACACAGACUGGUUGGAAGAAGAAUGUGGAAAUAUGGCACGAGAAGGUUUACGUACGUUGGUAGUAGCUCGAAAAAAUUUAACUGAAGAACAGUACUUGGAAUUUGAAUCUCGUUUAAAUUCAGCAAGAUUAGCUGUAACAGGGCGUGCUCAACGAGUAGCAACAGUUGUGGACACUCUAGAACGUGAAAUGGAGUUAUUGUGUGUAACAGGAGUGGAAGAUAAACUUCAAGUUAAUGUUCGUAGAACUUUAGAACUAUUGGGCAAUGCUGGAAUUAAAAUAUGGAUGUUAACUGGAGAUAAGCAAGAAACAGCCACUUGUAUUGCUAAAAGUUCUCGUCUUGUUUCAAGAACUCAGGAAUUAUUUAUUUUUAAUCCAGUGCAUACAAGAACUGAAGCACAUCAGCAAUUAAAUGCUUUUAGAAAAAAACAAGAUUGCGCUCUUGUUAUUACUGGAGAUUCAUUAGAAAUAUGUCUACAAUAUUAUCAAACAGAAUUAUUGGAUGUGGCCUGCCGUAGUCCAGCUGUAAUUUGCUGUCGGUGUUCUCCAACCCAAAAAGCACAAAUUGUCACUCUAAUUAAAGCACAUACUGGAAAAAGAACUGCUGCUGUUGGUGAUGGAGGAAAUGAUGUUUCGAUGAUUCAGGCAGCUGACACAGGCAUUGGUAUUGCUGGUGUAGAAGGUCGACAAGCAUCUUUAGCUGCAGACUUUUCAGUACCGCAAUUUUCACACCUUUCAAGACUACUCAUGGUACAUGGUCGAUAUAGUUAUAAAAGAUCCGCCUCACUUAGCCAAUUUGUCAUCCAUAGAGGUCUUAUUAUAUCUACUAUGCAAGCAAUAUUUUCGGCUGUAUUUUACUUCUCAUCAGUAACACUGUAUCAAGGGUUCCUUAUGAUUGGAUAUGCAACACUGUACACAAUGUUCCCUGUAUUUUCUUUGGUACUUGAUAAGGAUGUAUUGUCUAAAAUUGCAUUAACUUACCCUGAAUUAUACAAAGAACUAAGUAAAGGACGGUCAUUAUCAUAUAAAACAUUUUUCAUUUGGGUUUUAAUUAGCAUUUAUCAAGGUGGUGUAAUAAUGUAUGGAGCAUUAUUUCUAUUUGAAGAUGAAUUCAUUCAUAUUGUUGCCAUUAGUUUCACUGCUUUAAUUCUCACAGAACUAAUCAUGGUUGCAUUGACAGUUCGCACUUGGCAUUAUUUAAUGCUAUUGGCUGAACUUUUUAGUUUAGCUGUUUAUAUUUUAUCAUUAAUCUUACUUAAAGAUUAUUUUGAUUCUCAUUUCAUUCAAACCGAAUCAUUCCUAUGGAAAGUCACUGUGAUUACACUGGUCAGCUGUUUACCAUUAUACAUUCUAAAAUUCUUGAGGAAAAAAUUUUCACCUCCCAGUUAUUCUAAACUAUCGUGAGCUAUAGUAGCUAUGAAAGUUAAAGGUAGUCAAAUGGUAUAAUUGAGAAAAUUAAAUAAAAUUUAUGUAUUUA